GUGGGCGGGGCUUCGGGGCGGUGGCGGCGGAGCGCUCCGAUGGCGGUGAGCCGAGCGCUCGCUGUACGCUUGGCCUACGCGGCCGCCGGAGCCCUUAUGGGUUUUUCGGCUUUCUUCACUUGGAGCCUGGCGCCCGCCUUCCGCCAACCCGCCACGGCCGCGGCCGGGGGGCUCUCGGGUGUUCUGGCGCUCUGGGCCCUAAUCACGCAUGUGAUGUAUGUGCAGGAUUACUGGAGGACCUGGUUAAAAGGGCUGAGGUUCUUCCUCUUCAUCGGGAUCCUCUUCUCAGCUCUUUCCGUGGUGGGAUUCUGCACAUUCCUCGUCCUGGCCAUCACUCAGCAUCAGUCCCUGACUGAUCCCAGAAGCUACUACCUGUCGUGUGUCUGGAGCUUCAUCUCCUUGAAAUGGGCUUUUCUGCUCAGCCUCUACGCCUACCGGUACAGGAAUGAGUUUGCAGACAUCAGUAUCCUCAGUGACUUCUGACGCUGGGACUUUGCUCCUGUCUGAAGGUGCUGGAUGUCUGAGCUGCCCCCCAGUGGUACGUGCGAGAAGCAUACAGGAGGCAGAGGAGGAAGCCACCCAGUGCUGCUUGGUUUGUCUGUCUGCAGUAGGGGGUUUUUCCUAAUUGCUUUUACUCAACCAUUUAAAGUUUGGCUAACGCUGUCAAUCUGUUCCUUCUGUCACUUUCCUGCGUCUGGCAGUGAGCUGAAAGGCUCCAUCUGCUCACAGACAGCAGGCCUGCAUCCAAGCCCUCAUUGCCCUGAGGUCCCUGGGGUUCACGUGGCUCAGCAGCCCCCAGGGUGGGGGGCUGUGGGUUGAUGCCUUGAGGAUGCAGCCCCCGAGGGAGGGGGGCUUCAGCAGCAAAGAACCCCAAGCUCCUUCUUGCACUGCUCUGCCCCAUGGAGAAAAAGGGAAGGGAGCCCUUGGGUGCCCCCAGCACCUCCACAUCUUCCAGGAUUUUCUGCAGCUGAGAUCAAGGAGCACCUUUGGGUCAGCGUGCACAGCAGAGCAGCAGGCAGCUCUGCAAUGAGGCCGGCUGGGAGUCACUAAAACCAGACAUCACUAAAGCCAGACGAAGUCCACGUGUGUGGAACACACUUAGGAGCUUUAACACUCAGGCUUUUAAAUACUAAACCCUCCCUUCCUGCUGGUUUGGGGCUGCCAGCACUGGCAGGGGGUGCAGUGGUGAUCCCUGCCCACAGCUGUGCCCACUGUGAAGUCUGCAAGUGCUUUUAUAAAGGCUGUCUCCUAACCCAUCUCACACCUUUCUCCAACGCAGCACUGCCCAUGGGUUUGCUGCCUGGGUGCUGAUCCCAGCUCUGGAAACUGCAGGUGGUCCCUUCCCAUCACUGAGUGAAAUCACAGCGGGGGCACGUAUCCAAAACUCCCAUCAUUUUUUCCCAACCCCCCCCCCGAGGGUUUUAAACUUUAUUUUUGUGAUGGUAAAUUAGCCCACAGACAGCUCACUGAACCUAACCCCUGUUUUCUCUCUGACAUCUUUUAGCUCUGGACUUUAUACCCGUGUCUCAGCUUUUUAAAAGAUGGUGUAUGUAAAUAUAUAAUAUAUUUUUACAUUGUUUGUGCUUCGGUUGCACGCUUGGUGUAGGACCUGGCCCUGCAGCAGGAUGCUAAUUCACAGCAGAGCUCAUCUGUGUGUAUCCCAGCAUCUCCUUGUACUAAACCACACUGUAACUCGUAUGUGAUGCCACAAUAAGAGCAGAAAUACAGCCUCUUUCUCACCAAACCUGUAGUCACUGCUUCACAAAGUUAUUAAAAUCCUGUCUCCUUCCUUUGGUGCCAGAGUGAAAGGAGCUUUGCUA